UGCGUUCGCUCGACCAAGUCAUGCCAACACAUCCACAUUCACGGCCUCAUCGCACCACGGCAACCUCGGCUGCUUCGGCACUUCAGUUUUCUCCCUAAUCCAUGGCAUCGUCCGCCUUCCUCCUCUACCCUCCACCGGGUCACCUAAACCCCUCUUCGCUUUCUCUCGUUCCUCCUCUCACUUCUCCGGCCAUUCGGAGCCUCUGCCACGGCCUAUCCAUCUCCAACGGUUGCGCCAUGAGGAGGACACAGCUACUCUCUCCGAGGGUCGUGCCCAAGACCUCUCCGUCCCCAGUUAGCGAGCGUCACCUGACCCUGUUGGAGUAUGUCGCAAAGGGAGGCGCCGACGUCGGGGAUGACCUUGCAGUCCUGUUGACUCACCUCCAGUACGCUUGCAAGAGGAUCGCCGCCUUGGUUGCGUCGCCCUUCAAUGCUGAUGAUGGCCGAAUACCGGAAGAUAGCGGCGGUGGCGAGGGUAUUGGGUCCUUGUCGUCUUCCGGAAGGGACAAGCCGAAGCCACUUGAUAUCAUUUCGAAUGACAUGAUAUUGGCCUCACUCAGAAAUUCUGGAAAAGUUGCAGUUAUGGCAUCAGAAGAAGAUGAUAUUCCAGUUUGGAUUAGUGAUCAUGGCCCAUUUGUCGUUGUCGUCGAUCCUUUAGAUGGUUCUAGAAAUAUUGAUGCCUCUAUACCAACUGGUACCAUAUUUGGAAUAUACAAUAGACUCGCCGAGUUGGACCAUCUUCCAGUGGAGGAGAAGGCACAACUCAAUUCUCUCCAAAGUGGAAACCGACUUGUAGCUGCUGGUUAUGUUUUAUACUCAUCCGCCACCAUCCUUUGCAUAAGUGUCGGUUCAGGGACCCAUGCUUUCACUUUGGAUCAUUCAACUGGAGAGUUUGUUCUCACACAUCCAUCAAUUCAAGUUCCUCCUAGAGGACAGAUAUACUCUGUGAAUGAUGCGAGGUACUUCGACUGGCCAGAUGGACUAAGGCAAUACAUCGACACUGUCAGACAAGGCAAGGGGCAGUUCCCUAAGAAGUACUCAGCUCGAUAUAUCUGCUCGCUGGUCGCUGACUUUCAUCGCACUCUUGUUUACGGAGGUGUGGUCAUGAACCCAAGGGAUCAUCUUCGACUUGUUUAUGAAGCGAACCCUCUUAGCUUCCUCAUCGAGCAUGCUGGUGGAAGAGGUUCGGAUGGGAAAACAAGGAUUCUGUCAUUUCAGCCGGUAGAACUACAUCAAAGAUUGCCACUGUUUUUGGGGAGCAUCGACGAUAUGAAUGAAUUAGAAAGCUACGACAGUAUCCAACAGAAGAUUAACCCUGGAUACGAUGUUUGACAUGGGAAACUUUUAUAGUUAUAUAACAUUGUAUAAUCCCACUGGCCACUGGUCACAGCUUAUCUAUAUUGUGUACAUGGUGGCCUUGCAACAUGCAAAUACAUACUUUUUGUAUUAUUUGAUUGCUGUGGAUUCAUGUUUCUUCUUUUAUUUUAACA